UAUAUGGAGACCUGAGACCAACUGAAGCUUUUGUUACCAUGAGGACGAGGCAGAAACGACAAGUGUGCGUCCUUCUUCCAAACAAGCAGCACCUGGACUGUAUUGUCGGGGUGAGAGCCAGAGGCCACGAGGUGUUGAAUAGUGUGUUGAAGCACCUUGGCGUCAGUGAACUCCAAGUCUUUGGUCUGGCUGUUCUCAGAGAUAAUGAAUACCUCUUUCUUGAUUCGGCACAAAAGCUGAGCAAGUACUUUGGCAAAAGAUGGAACCGAGCAUCCUCAACGGUCCCAUUCAUCUUAUUUCUGAGAGUGCAGUAUUAUGUAGAGAGUGGGCUGCUAAUUCUGAGCAGCAAAGUGCAGCAGCUUUACUACACUGAGCUGAGGCAAAAGGUGCUGCAUUCACAGAGCUGCCAUCAGGAAGCUUUGCUCUUCCAGCUGGCAGCUUCUGCACUUCAAGCUGAAGUCGGAGAUCUGGAAAAACACAGACAUUACUUUCUUCCUGAAGAUUACUUCCCCUCUUGGCUGAUAAAGCGUCGUGGAAGGGACUUCCUGCUCCAGCACUGCCCAGUGUUACACAUUGAGCUGAGAGGUGUGACACGUAUACAAGCCGUCCUGCAGUUUAUAAAAGAGGCCAGCAUCCUGCAGGAUGGACCAGUCACCUUCUACAGGAUGAGACAGGUCAGACUGCACAGAAUUAACCAAAGAAAGCCACCAAAAUACUACUGUAAUGACAAAAAAGAGCUGAGAAGUUCAAUUCUUCUUGGUGUGGCAAUGAAAGGAGUCCAUAUUUAUCAGGAGGUGGGAGGGAAGCAGUGCCAAUUGUAUGUCUUUUCCUGGACCGAUAUUGAACGCCUCACUUUCCAGGGCAGCAGGUUUGAAAUCGCUGCCGUGGGCUCUUUGUGCCUCCCUAAGCUGGUGUAUUACACUCCUUCAGCCACCCACUCCAAACACAUCCUGAGGCACCUCAGUGACAGUCACCGUUUCCACAUCAUCACCAGAGAUGCAAUUGGCUACAUACAACAGCUGGAAGACAUGCAGGCCAGUCAGUUCCACAAAGAGGCCUACAUUUGUGACACAACACGCUUGGCACACAGACUCCAGAGCAACAGCCUCACAUCCUCAAUGUCUGACUGCAGUGUUGCAGUCGAAACAACCACAGCCUGGUCCAAAGAGGAGGAGGAGGAGGAGGAGGAGGAAGUCACAGAGUUUGAGCUGUGUGUGGACGAACCAGAGGAGUUAUUUGUCGACAGCCCAGCCGAAUUGUCGUGGUUGGCUGAGCUGUCUGUCGAUGGACCUUUGGUGUUACCCUCUUCUUAUUGGGCAGCUGUCACCAUGGAAAUGAAACAGGUUCUGAAGAGCAGAGCUGAUGAUGAAGGGGUUUCUAUGGACUAAUUUACAGCCAGGGGCAAGAGGGAUUCAAUAAAAGCUCACGACAAGAGCCAUUAUGUUACUGCUCUGAUGCUCACAUCGUAGUUCGGAUUAUCUACCUAAUAUAUACAUUGUGCUGCUUACAAAUAUUUCAUUUUGUUUAUAAAUGAAAUUACCUUUUUUUAUCAAAGUUCAUAUUACAAAGCCCCUAAACUUCCAUGAUCCACCCCCACAGGUCUUCUCACGCAUUGUAUCUAAUUAGACCUCCUCUCAAGACUGUGUGGGAGUGUACAGACUGUGCUUGAUUGACAUCUCCCAUAUGUCAUUUCUAGAACAUAGAAAUAACCUUUUUUUCCCCCUUUCUUUACUGAACUGUACCAACAGACAUGCAGAUAUUAUUAAGCAGCUAGAUAGA